AUUGUGUUCUAGCGCGGUUUGUGAUUUUCUUAUCCUACCGUAUGCUACCCUAGUAUACAAAGUAUCUUCUGGCUAGACGCGAACCUCCACAAGGUUGAAAUAUGAUACUGGCUUUGAUUCUUAAUUGUUUAUUACCUUUGUCGUUCGGUUUCGUAACCAGACACUUUCCAUGGUCAACCAUCAAGAAUCCGGAGUUCACAUAUGAAACAAAAUACUUUUGGACCAGGAUUGAUCACUUCUCUUUCGUAAAUGAUGACAAGUUCUUUAUCAAGUAUUUGAUUAACAACGAAUCGUUCACUCCGGGUGGCCCGAUAUUCUUUUACACAGGAAAUGAAGGUGCCAUAGAAACAUUUGCAGAGAAUUCAGGGUUUAUCUGGAAGCUUUCCCAAGAACUUAAUGCUUCUGUUGUUUUUGCCGAACAUCGGUAUUACGGAACCUCUCUCCCGUUCGGGAAUAAUUCUUUCAAAGACCGUCAGCACUUUGGUUACCUAACUGCAGAACAAGCGUUGGCUGAUUAUGUACUUCUGAUUAAUCAAUUAAAAGCUAAUUAUUCAUGCUUUGCUUCAUCACCUGUAAUCGCUUUCGGAGGAUCCUAUGGCGGUAUGCUCUCUGCUUGGAUCAGACAAAAGUACCCCAAUCAAAUUGCCGGUGCCAUAGCUUCUUCUGCACCAGUAUGGCUGUUUCCCGGAUUAUCGGACUGCAAUGGUUUCAGUAUGACAGCAACAAAUAGCUUUUUGAAAUAUGGUGGCGAGAACUGUGUAAAGAAUAUACAACUUUCCUGGAGUAAUAUUGUAGACAUAGGUCAAAGUAUUGAUGGGAAAGAAUUAUUAACCCACAUGUUUAACAUCUGUACGCCUUUAACUGAUGUUCAAAAUAUCAUAGACUACUUAUCUGACUUUUUGGGAACAAUAUCUAUGGUUAAUUAUCCUUACCCAGCCAACUUUCUGCUUGCUCUACCUGAAUGGCCAGUCAAGUAUUUGUGUACCAAUUUAUCUGCAUACGACCCUCAACAACCUGUGGUAACCAGAAUAUCUUUAUUAGCCAAGGCUAUACUAUCACUGACAAAUUAUACUGGGAAUCAAACGUGUUUAGACAUUUCAACGAGUUCGCCAAGUCUGGACACUACUGGAUGGGAUCUACAAACUUGCAUGGAGAUGACAACACCUAUGUGUGCAUCAGGGCCGGUAAACAUCAUGCCUCCAUUAAAUUGGGAUCUUAAUUCUUUCUCAAUCUCUUGUCAAAAUCGAUUUGGUGUAAGUCCACGCGUUGAAUGGCCAAAAGUUGAAUUUUGGAGUAAAUCAGUACAUACUAUUACCAACAUAAUUUUCAGCAAUGGUGAAAUUGAUCCAUGGUCAGCAUUAUCAAUUACAAAUAAUAGUUAUGUCCCAUUUGCUACAGUCAUUAAUAUUUCUGAUGCUGCUCAUCAUUUAGAUUUGAGAACUCCUAACCCGGCUGAUCCUCAAAGUGUGAUUAAAGCAAGAGAAAUUGAAAAACAGAAAAUAAUCCAAUGGAUAAAAGAAUGGAAAAUUAAAUACAAAUUAUUAAAAUUUUUCAAUGGCAUCAGAUCAUUCAUCUCUUUACUAGAUUACCUUGGCUAAUGUUUAAAGAAAUAUUUUGUAUUUUUUGUUGUUACAAUUUUCAUGAUAAUAAUCCUAAUUUUAAACUGACAUUAUAAUUUAUAAUCAAAUUUUUUACACCUUGAAAAGUAGUUUUUCAUGAUUGAUAUAAUUUACUCAUACAGUGUUGUUGGACGUAUUGAAACAAGUUGAAAAAUUCGUUCAUUUAAAUAGUUAGAAAUGAUUGUUGGUUAUAAAACGUAAAGUAAACAACGCUCUAGUAGGUCUUUUUCUGCUCUGCAAUUAGUGAACACUAAGGUUUCAAGCCAAAUGUGGUCAACAGCGUUAUGUACUGUUACCGUUAUUCUUAAAACAUUGAGAUCAUGUAAAGAAUGUUUAUAUCUGAUAAAGGAAUUACGCGUACAUAGCUUAUUUUACAACUUCAUAUUAUUGUGUUGAGUAAAUUUAUCUUAUAUCUA